AUCGCGAUCGCCGUCUUCUCCGCGUCCGCUCGCCUAAACCCUGCGCUGAAAACCAAAACCUAACUAAAACCCCGCACCUUUCUUCUUCUUCUUCUUCUUCUUCUUCUUCUUGUCCUCCCUUCUUCUCCCGCAAGGCACGCGCCCGCAGCCGCGCCGAUCGCCAUGUCGCGUCUCCUCCUCCGCCACCUUCUCCCAGGGGUGCAGAGCGGCGCCAGCCACCCCUUCGCCGCCGCCGCCUCUUCCCGUUCUGCGUCGUCCCGGGCCGCCUCCUCCCGCUCCUCAUACACUUCCCGGUUCGCCCCUCCCGCCUACCACGCCUCCGCCACGGCCGCGGCAGCCCAAUCGGAGGGUUCGGCGGCGGCGGCCGCCGAGUCCACACCCGCAGCGGGCGCCCAGCCCUCACCGACGCCGCCCCCCGCGGCGCGCGGGCGGUGGGGCCUGCUCAAGUUCGGCGCCUUGGCGGCAGUCGCCGGGGCCAUCGGCGGCGUCGGAUACGCCAGCUGCGCCUAUUCGCUGAAUGAAGUGGCGGAGAAGACGAGAGAGUUCAGGAAGAACCCAGCACCGCUCAUCCCUGAGGAUGCCUCCACGCUCGAGAAGUAUAAGGCUAUGGUGUACUCGACGGCUAUGAAAGUUCCUGUUUCCGCUAUAGAGCUGUACUUGGAUAUUAGGAGCACAAUUGAAGACCAUGUCAGGGGAUUUACUGAACCCACAUCAGACAAACUGCUACCAGAUCUACUUCCUCAAGAUCAGCAUGUCUUCACCCUAGUUCUUGAUCUGAAUGAAACUCUUGUCUACUCUGAUUGGCAGCGUGAGAGAGGAUGGAGAACUUUUAAGAGGCCAGGAGUUGAUGCUUUUCUGGAACAUAUGUCAAAAUUAUAUGAAGUUGUUGUGUAUUCUGAUCAGCCACCUAUGUAUGUUGAACCUGUGUUUGAGAGGCUGAACUCAAGGGGUACCAUUUCACACAGGUUAUCAAGACCUGCAACUAAGUACGUGGAUGGAAAACAUUAUCGGGAUUUGUCAAAGUUGAACAGAAACCCUGCUCAAGUUAUCUAUCUCAGUGCCCAUGCUCUUGAAUCUUGCUUGCAGCAUGACAAUUGUGUUCAAAUCAAGCCUUUUAAACUUGAAGAUAAAUAUGAUACCCAACUGUUGGAUCUCAUUCCAUUUCUCGAGUAUGUUGCCAUGGCUAGACCUUCUGACAUUAGGACAGUGUUAGCAUCUUAUCAAGGUCAUGAUGUUGCUGCUGAGUUUAUUGAGCGUUCAAAGGAACACCAGCGGCGUAUGCAGGAACAGAGCAAACUUGGGCGCUUAUGGCGACGAUGAUGGAUCCUGGAAGGAUAGUGCACUGAUUGAUUUGUGAACCCUAGUCAUCUUGUUUCUGAAAGAAGAGCAUAUGGAAUCUUUUGUUCUUGUCCGUAGUCAAAUUGUUGGCUGCUGUGUAGGGAUAUUCUUAGUUUUGGCAGGUUAGGUUGCGCCCUUUUGCCCAAGGCAUUCUAGUAAGUAAGAGCAUGGUUGAAUGGUUAAUGCUGAGAGUUGAGACCUUGCGAUUCAAAUGUUGCUUUGAUGGAUCUGUCAGAACAUGCUUCACGCGGAAAACAGAAAUAUGAUUGUUGGAUGGGCGACCGUAGCAUCUCCUGUCAAUAUUUUCUUUGAUUAUUUGGUUAUUAAUUCUCGGAUUUAUGGAGUCGAAGGGCUUUUGCUUUUUGUCGACAUGUAACAGUGGAUCAUAUAAUGCUGGAUUUUCAUGAGAAAUCUUGUGAAAUACAUCUAUAAUUUCUGGCACUUCAAAGUUAA